GUGGCUGUCUUAAUUAUUGAAACACAGUCCAAAAAUAAUACUGAAGGUCUAAUGCACAGAGCACACAACAGAAGGAUCAUUGCCAGAAGGGAAACUAACUGUCACAUGGAUGAAUAUAAUUUAGGUGGUCAGUGUUGCAAGAAAUGUAGAAGCGGUUUUGUUAAAAGUAUCGACUGCCCAACAGACAUUAGCAAACACUGUGUUCCAUGUGUAAGUGGAAAGGAGUACAUAAGUCACCUCAAUGAUGCAGAAAAGUGUUUGAGAUGCACUUCAUGUGACACCGAAUUGGGUUUUGAGGUUGUAAAGAACUGUACCCCAGAGGAGAACACGAAAUGUGCCUGUGCAAAGAACAAGUAUUGCAGUCCUGAAUCAUGUGACCAUUGCAUUCAAUGUACUGUAUGUGAAAGUGGCAUAACUGAAAAACAAUGUACUGCAACUUCAGACACUGUGUGUGGAAAGAAAGGUACUGUUUUAAAACUGAGCAAGAUCUAG